CUGCUCCACGCGCCACGGCCCUACGGCCCCACGGCGCUACACUAGAACCAGAGUGUCCUGCAUAUGCGCCUGCACAGCCCCGGAGCACACCCCAAGCACACCCGGGCACACCCGGGCGCACCCGCAGCACAGAGCCUCGCUGCAGGUCUUCUCACCAUACCUCUCCAUGUUUCUGUGUACUGCAGCCCCAGCCCUUUGUCCAGCCCACUGACACUGAGGCGGGGGCAGUAUGGAUGUGUGGAGCCGCCUGGAGCUUUGGAGGGAGCUGGCGCACUCAUGUGGCCUGGGCACAGUGCAGCAGGGCCUGGAGCAGUUAUGGGGACUGCUCCUGCUCUGUGGACUCUGCCGGGUCUGCUUCCGAGUGGGCUGGAGCUCCUCCCUGAAACAUUGUAUCUCUGCUGGGGCAGGAGUGAGCGCCCUCUACCUCUUCUUCCAGGUACAUGCAUUCUGGGUGCUGCUGCUCUGUGCCCUGUCCUACCUGCUCCUCCAUCUGAACCAGCGCUCCGGGAGCAGGGGGGUGCUCCUGUCCCUGCUCCUGCUGAUCUUCCUCCUCACUGGGGAGCUGCAUUUUGUGGACCCUGUGACCUGGGCUAAAAUCAGAGGCUGUCAGAUGGUGGUGGCCAUGAAGGUCAUCUCUCUGGCCUUUGACCUGGACAGUGGAGCUGUGAGCCGGAUGCCCUCCCUCCCUCAGUUCCUGGGUUAUGUCCUCUUUGUGGGCAGCGCUGUGUUCGGGCCCUGGACCUCUUUUUCCCACUAUAUGAACGCUGUGGACGGCAAGGCACUGUCCCUGAGCUGGUUCCUGGCCUGUGUUGUAGGCCUGCUGAAGAGCCUGCUGUGCCUGGUCGUGUCCAGCUGUGUGGCUCCCUACCUCUUCCCUGCCAUCAUCCCCAUCAGCGGUGGAGAGCUCACUGACAGGUGGCUGCGUGCUUAUGAGAACGCUGUCUCUUUCCACUUCAGUAACUACUUUGUGGGACACCUGAGUGAGGUCACCAGCAUGUUAGCAGGAGCAGGCUUUACACAGGACAAGGAGCAAACCCGCUGGGACAUGAGAGUGGUGAUUCCUCUGCAUGUGGAGCUGCCUCGCUCUCUGGUGCUGGUGGUUACCUCCUGGAAUAUCCCCAUGUCCCAGUGGCUCAAGACCUAUGUGUUCAAAAACGCCAUGAGACUGGGCACAUUUUCUGCCAUCCUGGUCACCUACACAGCCAGUGCCCUGCUGCAUGGCCUGAGCUUCCACCUGGGGGCCGUGCUGCUGUCUCUGGGCUUCCUCACAUAUACAGAACAUGUUCUGAGAAAGAAGUUGGCAGCCAUCUUGAGUGGGUGUGUGCUGUCCCGACCCUGUCCCUCCGGGUGCAGCCACCAGCACAAAAAGGACUUUUGGGUGGUGGGGUUAAACCUGUGCUUCAGUUUUCUGGCCGUGCUGCACCUGACCUACCUGGGCUCCAUGUUCGAUCCUGGGCUGAUGGAGGAGGAGGCUGAGAUGGGCUAUGCCGCUGCCCACACCCUCCAGAGAUGGUCUGAGCUGCACUGGACCAGUCACUGGAUCGUCAUCUUGAGCUGGAUCAUCUCACACAUCAUUUAAGUCCCUCCCCCGUACCUGUGUCAUGUACAUAGAAACUGUUAUUGUUUUUGUAUAUCUGUAUUUUAUUUUCUAUACACUUUUUAA